CAUAGCUUUUUAUUGAUUGUGAGUUUGGUUUGGGCCAUGUCUGUUUCUUCUGUUACUCUGCUCUAGAGUGUACGCGCACACGACACACGACACACGACACACGACACCCACAAGUAUAAGAAAACAAAUUCCCCACUCUCUCCUCUUGAGCUGAAACAAAACCUCAUCCAUGGCUUCUCUUCUCCGCUUCAACGGCGUCUCCCUCUUUCCCUUACCUUCCCAACCCACACGUGACCCCAUCCUCCCCAAACCGUCACGCCUCGUAACGGUGCGCGCGGAGGUGAAAGAGACCUCCGCACCCGCCGCCGCCACAUCCUCCGACGAAAAGAUCCGCGAAAUCCUCCGCAACCGUGACUACGACAAGAAAUUCGGGUUCAGCGUGGAGAUCGAGUCCUUGACGAUCCCAAAAGGGCUCUCAAAAGAAACCAUUGGUCUGAUCUCGUCCCUGAAGGAGGAGCCCCACUGGAUGCUCGAAUUCCGCCUGAAGGCCUUGGAUAAAUUCCUCUCCAUGAAGGAACCCACGUGGUCUGACAACACUUACCCUCCCAUCGACCUCCAGAAUAUCUGCUACUACUCCGCCCCCAAGAAUAAACCCUCUCUUCAAUCCCUCGACGACGCUGACCCCGAGCUUCUCCGCUACUUCGAGAAGCUCGGCGUCCCCCUCAACGAGCAGAAGCGCCUCGCCAACGUCGCCGUCGACGCCGUCCUCGACAGCGUCUCAAUCGCCACAACGCACCGCAAAACCCUAGAAAAGGCCGGCGUUAUAUUCUGCUCCAUCUCCGAGGCCAUUAAGGAAUAUCCUGAUUUGGUGAAAAAGUAUUUGGGGAAAGUUGUCCCGUCAGACGACAACUACUACGCCGCGUUGAACGCUGCGGUCUUCAGCGACGGGUCGUUUUGCUACAUUCCUAAAGACACCAAGUGUCCUAUGCAGAUUUCGACUUACUUCAGAAUCAACGCGUUGGAGACAGGACAGUUUGAGAGGACUUUGAUUGUCGCCGACGAUCGGAGCUCUGUGGAGUAUUUGGAAGGCUGCACCGCGCCUUCCUACGAUCGGAACCAGCUCCAUGCCGCGGUGGUGGAGUUGUAUUGCGGCGAGGGGGCGGAGAUUAAGUACUCCACGGUGCAGAAUUGGUACGCUGGGGACGAAGAAGGGAAGGGUGGGGUUUACAAUUUCGUGACCAAGAGAGGGUUGUGUGGUGGUGCAGGUUCGAAGAUAUCGUGGACGCAGGUGGAGACGGGUUCGGCGAUCACGUGGAAGUACCCGAGUGUUGUGCUGGAAGGAGAUGGUAGUGUUGGGGAGUUCUAUUCUGUGGCUUUGACGAAUAACUAUCAGCAGGCGGAUACCGGGACCAAGAUGAUACACAAAGGGAAGAACACGAGGAGUAGGAUUAUAUCCAAAGGAAUAUCGGUUGGGCAUUCCAGGAACUGUUAUAGAGGGCUUGUUCAGGUUCUGUCCAAGGCUGACAAUGCCCGAAACUCGUCACAGUGUGAUUCUAUGCUUAUUGGUGACAAUGCUGCUGCAAAUACCUAUCCUUAUAUCCAGGUGAAAAAUCCAACCGCAAGAAUUGAACAUGAAGCUAGUACAUCCAAAAUUGGAGAAGAUCAAUUGUUUUAUUUUCAACAAAGGGGAAUAGACUAUGAAAAGGCAAUGGCUGCUAUGAUCUCUGGAUUUUGCCGUGAUGUGUUUAAUGAGCUUCCUGAUGAAUUUGGUUCCGAAGUGAACCAACUCAUGAGCUUGAAGCUUGAGGGAUCAGUAGGUUAAACAGCAUAUCACUAUUUGGAAUUUACUCAGGCCAUUUGUUCUUGAAAUUGUCCAAGUCCUUAGAGGUAGUGUAUUCGAAAGGAUGUGUACAUGUUGUAUAUAGAUACUGUCUUCAACUGUACCGCAAAAGUGGCCUGAAACAUUACCAGUUUUGAAUCUUAAUAAACAAUCAAUGUCAUCCUAUAAUUUUGUUUGUCGAUUUACUCUUGAUUUA